AUGUCACAGUCAAGUGGUUACCGAUAUCCGUUGUACACAGAUUCCAAUAAUCCUUUGAAAAAUGAGCCACCUCCUAUAGUAAAUGGUCAAAAUCCUGCAUCUCAGCAAAAUGGAAUGCAAUCUCCUCAGUUCAACCUAACUGGUACACCAUCAUCACAGUCGUCACGUGAUCCAUCCAGGGAGACUUCCAGAGAUCCAUCACCAACUCAAUAUCUUCACAAUCAAUAUCGGCCUCAGUUGCCACGACCGCCAAUGCCACCAAUAAAUGGACCUCAGAACUCUAAUGUGUUGCCUCCGCCACCUAGAACAUCACAACCUUAUAGUCCUGCAAAUCUCUAUAGUGCCCACAACCAGUAUGUUGCUAGCACUCAAGAGAACAUUGCAGUCAGUACAUCUUCAAUUGCCUUUGUGUCUCAACCUAGCCAAGAAAUUCAACAUCGACCCAUGAUUCCUCCAAAUCAGAUGCCUCCAAUAGCAAAAAAUUUGACUCCAUUGUCUGUACCAUCGACGUUUGCGGAUACUAUUAAAUCAGAACCAGCUAAAAUGAACCAAAGUUAUCAAUGGACGACUAGCCCUCCACCUACUAACAUUCCGCAGGGUACUAUAGGCGUUCCUGGUAUAUCCAGUAGCAUUGAUAAGACUAGUCAUGUCUCAACAGAUCCAAUUGCAGAAAGUCAAACAUCCUUUGCUAGAGUAAAUAAGAUUUCGACAUACAAUCAAGGACAUUCUAUCCCUCCAUUCGCAUCCAACGUUAAUCUACCUCCUUCAAACGUCACUCAUUUAAAUCAAAACAGUUAUGUACAGCAAGAACCAGUAAGUUCCGGUAUACAACCACCAAGAACCCAAAAUGUCCAAGCACAAUCGACGAUUAGUUCUUCUGAAAGCUUAAGUAAUCCACAACUCAGAUAUGGAAGUCAACAAAAUAUAUCCAAUGCAUCGUCAAUGCCAAAUUCAAGCACGCAAAAUUUAUUCUAUAGUGCACAAGGCCAUAAUGUAGGUCCACGAAAUCUUCAUGAUUAUAGCUCUCAGCCUGUAAAACCUCAAAAUUUACUUAUUGGUUAUAUGGAUCUCACGGGAUUGGGAAGUAAUUCUCAAGGUCAGAAUAUACAUCAAAAUUUAGCUGGUCAGAGGAAAUAUCCGCAACAAGACACUGCCAAUACCAUGAUGUUACCGUGGACUGCAGACGUACGACUCUCGGUCACAAUAUCCUAG